GACUACUCCUCGGGGGGAAGAGGUUCCGGAAGAAGAAGUAGAAUUGGAUAGAUAUGGGAUGCCUAAAAUAAAAGAGGGACAAACUAUUAGAUUAGAUAGUAAUAAACCUGGAAGGAUGUGA